CAAGGCAGCAGCGCAUCCCGAUCUUACAUUGUAGAAAACGGGAUGAUGGAAGGGAGGAGCAACUUCGUGGAUGCGGAGGCUUGUGCGUCCAGAGACGGUUGGGUGCUUUUCUCCAAAGAGGAAGGAAAAGGGAGUUUGCUCUUUUUUUCUUUAGUCCAUUUACUAAAGCGGUGAUAUCCCUUCCUCACCUGGAGUCACCUGGGUUUGAAGUUGCCACAUUCUCCUCCGCCCCUACUUUCCCUGAUUGCGUUGUGUUUGUGACGCAUCCACCCGAGUCGGGUAAAAUCUCCAUAAGCAUAUGCCGCCCCUGUGGGGAUGAUCGGACAUGGAACGGCAGUAUAUUUCGUGUACCUGAGUUUUUCGACUCCGUGGAAUCCGUGGCCUACAUGGGAGGAAGUUUUUACUGUCAUUUCGGAUCUUUCUACCGGAUGACAUCUUUCAACACUGCCACUCAAAAAUGGAGUAUUAUAAGAAUUAGAUCUUCUCCAACCUAUGAAAACGACUUUGCUAUUGAUGAUUGUACUUUGUUUUGCUUCAGUAAUCCGAAUUACUUGCUGGAAGUUGAAGGAGAGUUGUUAUUGGCAUAUGCAGCCAAAGAUCGCUAUUCCCUAUAUCCUGGUGAGUAUGAUGACGAAUGGUUUCUUCUGUACAAGCUGGAUUGGAAGCGCAAGGCAUGGCGCAAUAAGGGAAGGUUGAGAGGUGGGGCGAUAUUUCUUGGUAAAACGUCGUUUUGGAUUUCAAGUGAAGGAGAAACAGAGAUCGUAGCAAAUAGGGUCCACCAUUACUCCCGUGGCACCCCUAAAUUCUUUCUGUCGCCCUUGGAUUAUCCCUUUGGGCUUGUCGAAGAAUAUAGAGAGAAGUGCAAGAUUUGCUAUCAUCCUUGUACGCAAGGGCUAAAAACAAUCUGGAUCGCACCUCCUCCACAGUUUUAGUCAAUAAUUUAAUAUUUUAAAAAGCGU